UGUUGGGAUGAGAGGGCACGCGGCGGUGAUACGUCUUUGCUUGCCGAGGACAAUAGGAAAGUCAACGGAUGAGGUAGGAGCACGAACAGGAGUGUAAUACAACGCUUCGUCGACGGUUGUACGCCUCUGGCGGAAAGGAGAUCGACUAAGACUGAAAAAAAAGGAUCACGACGACAGUAAUCGAGACGAGACGCGUACCGUUGGGCGAUCGACGACGCCACCACGGGAGAGUUACUCAUACCGGAGGGGUUCGAGCACUUGGAGAACGACUCGAAUUCCGGAGCGGUUAAUCAUGCCCCAUGAAGUUGCCCGCGAUCCGUCGUCGCGCGACCGACAACGAGACACGAGUGCAUAGAAUUUCGGUGGAUCGCAAAUCGAAACGUGGAUCGAACGGCUCGCGCGAAUCCACCAGUGACGGAGGUGGUGGUGGUGGUGGUGUGUUGUGCGAAGAGAAAUCGGGACAACAGGAAGGGCCAACAGCCGGAGAGAUAUCGGAAUCGAAGAGGGUACCGGAAACCGCUAUAUUGGAGAGGAAACGGGAAAGCGGCGUGCCGCUAUUCUGUGUACCACGGCAGAGGCGUUCGUCGCAGCCUGAAAAUAAUGAAGAGAUGAUCGCGAGCCUGUCUAUACAUGGCGGCGGCGGCAGCGGAGGGCCGAGCAGCCGCGUGACCCGCGGAUUGGCCCUUCAUAGAUCGAACUCCAGCCUGGAACUUCCGCACAGUCCUGAUCCUGGCUCGCGAACUGUAGAAGCGCCAUUGAGACGGGAAUAUGGGUCCCACGGAAGCAUCGACGUAGUGGCUCAGUCUGUGACGGUCGGCGAGAAUUUGUUCGCGAUGCUUCAAGAGCUCAGGCCAUCGUCAUCGUCGUCGGACCAACGGAAUUCGGUUGGCGUCGAUUAUCUGAGACGCGUCUCAGUUCCAACAGACGGACAGACGGCGGACACGGACGAGGUCUGCGGUCCGACCGGUGGCUCGAGCCCGAAGUUACGACUGAAAUUGAAUAGAUUGUGGGGCGCGAAACCGCCCCGAGCUAUGGAGGAGAGCUGCAGCAGUCCGGUGGUUUCGGCGGACGUCGAGGAGAGGCACAGACGCAGAGCGUUCGCGCAUUACGACUGCCAGUCGCUGACGGCGAAUCUCGGUUACGCGGCAAAAUUGAGGGGAAUUCUGUUGGCCAGAAGGCGAAACACCGCGACUGGAGCUUCAGCUGCGAGUUCAUUUAGGGCGUCCACUCCCGACGAGACGCCCGAAGAAGACGCUGGUGAUGGAAAAGGUAACGAUCUCCUGGAAUCCUGUCCCUUUUUCCGAAACGAGACUGGCGGCGAGGGCGAACGAGACGUGAGUUUGACACGGUGCUCCCAAGGCAAUGGGGUCCAUAGACCGCCUUUGUCAUACGGGAUCGCAGUUUUGGAACCAGUGCCCGGGGAAACAUUGUGGAAGCAUGCGUGUCCGCUGCAGAAGAGGCCGCUACCUAUCGAGAGCGUCGAUGAAGGCGCUCAUUAUUACAGGAGAUAUUUCCUAGGUCGGGAGCACCAAAACUGGUUCGGUAUGGAUGAGCAAUUGGGCCCGGUGGCGAUCAGCGUUCGAAAGGACGUCAGUCAAUACAGAAUAAUCGUGCGCACCUCGGAACUGUUGACGCUUCGGGGCUCGGUACCGGAGGAGGCUCUCGGUAUAAGGCCGCAGGGCAAUAGACUACCAACCAGAGAGCUAUUGGAACUGGUCGCGCCGGAAGUGCAGCUUGGCUGCCUCAGGUUAGGCACUCCCGCCGCUGAAGAGGCUCUAGCCAGAUUGGACGAACAAGGGCUAUCCAGCAGGUACAAGGUCGGCGUGCUCUACUGCCGAUCCGGCCAGGGAACCGAGGAGGAGAUGUACAACAAUCAGCACGCUGGACCGGCAUUUCUCGAGUUCCUCGACGCUAUCGGCCAAAGAAUAAGACUGCGAGGAUUCGAAGGUUACAAGGCCGGUCUCGACACUAGAACCGACUCGACCGGUACCCACGCAGUCGCCGCGACCCAUCGAGGGGCGGAAGUGACGUUUCACGUGUCCACGAUGUUACCCUUUACGCCGAAUAACAGGCAGCAGCUGCUCAGGAAGAGACACAUCGGAAACGAUAUCGUCACGAUAGUUUUCCAGGAGCCUGGCGCGUUGCCGUUCAGUCCACGCAGGAUACGCUCGCAGUUCCAGCACGUGUUUAUUGUGGUACGAGCCACGAACCCGUGUUCCGAUAAUACUCAGUACAGCCUGGCCGUAUCACGAAGCAAGGAGGUGCCCGUUUUCGGCCCACCUGUUCCACCUGGUGCCACCUUCGUCAAAGGAAAAGCGUUCGCCGACUUCAUUCUGGCGAAAGUGAUCAACGCUGAAAACGCUGCGCACAGGUCGGAGAAAUUCGCCACGAUGGCGACCAGAACGAGGCAAGAGUAUCUGAAGGAUCUGGCGACGAACUACUCUUCCACGACAGUGGUCGAUACAGGGCAGAAAUUUUCUAUGCUGUCGUUCAGCAGCAAGAAGAAAGCGACCGUGCGACCGAGACUGUCCUGCGACGCUUCGCAACGUGGCGCGAUAUGCUGGCAAGUGAUACUGGAGGACAGUAACCAGAACACCGACUGUUACCUAGGAAUCAGUGUGGAUACUAUCGUUCUGAUCGAGGAACAUUCCAGACAGAUAGUUUUCGUCGCACCGUGCGUGAGUGUCCUUGGCUGGCACGCUCAAACAAACAGCUUGAGGCUUUACUAUCAUCAAGGGGAGUGCAUCACCAUUCACGUGCGCGGCGAUUACGGCGAGAGGGACGAGUUAAUGGAGAUAGUGGCUCCCAGAAACAGUCUAGGACAAUUGGGUUUCCACGUUCAACCGGACGGGGUGGUGACGCAGGUCGAGAGCAUGGGACUCUCCUGGCAGGCGGGACUGAGACAAGGCUCGAGGCUUGUCGAGAUCUGCAAAGUGGCGGUGUCCACGUUGAGUCACGAUCAGAUGGUCGAUUUGCUGAAGACCUCCGCCCAAGUCACGAUCACCGUGAUACCGCCAAAUAACGACAAUAAUCCAAGGAGAGGCUGUACGGUGCAAAAUUGCCAGUACUUGUCGAGCAGCUACGAGGGAGACUACGAGAACGUAACGAGCCCGGAUAACACGCCGAGUCAGCAGACAGCGAUGUCUCAUCAGAGGCGAUACGAGCGUUCGUUCAGUCCGCCGAGAUCGAGCAACAGUUCCGGCUACGGAACCGGGUCCAGUUCCAGAUCGUUCAACGAUCCCCGUUUCCCCAUGGAGGGAACGAUGACCAGCAGCAGCGGUCACAGCAGCACCGACGAUCGCUGGUACGAACUCCUGGAGCCCCAGGACCAAGAGAACGGGCAUCGGGCGGAUAGUACACCGCCGCCGCCUCUUCCAGCCAGACAGAAUUAUCAAGUGAUCACGCCAAAGUCCUCUCAGAGAAAAGACAAGGAAUCCCAUUACGCGAGCAGUAAACAGUUCGCGGAGAGCUCGAAGCACCACGGACACGACAAUUACGGGAAGGAGGGCAAUUACGUGUCGUCGAAAGCGUUACAGGAGAGCCUCCGACACGAGAGUUACCAAAAACAAUUGGAGAACGCUCACCGUAGUCAGGAUCACGUCCCCUCCAAUUACGUGAAGCUUCAGAAAGAGAAGUACGAGAUCAAGCAAGAGAAUCUAUACGCCUCCCAGAGGGAACUUCACAAAAACGACGGGCAUCACGUCUCUCACCAGAAAUUAACCGCGUCCAGUUCGCUUCCUCUCGCCCAAAACACGACCUACAGUCUUCCAAAGUCAAACAGCAGCAGCGGUAACACCACCAGCAACAACAGCAAUCUGGGUCGAUACAGCGAUUACGAGCAAUCCAGCAAAUACGAUUGCGACGGGAAACCCGACAGAUCCUCUAAAUACGAAACGCAAGACGAAAGGAUGAUGGAUCGAAUGCCAGGGAAGUACGAGCAAGAGUCGCGUGUUCACGAAAAGAGGACGAUCAGCGGCUACGAUUAUCCCGAGGAAGUGUACGAGAGGCGAAACAGUAAAUACGACAUGGAUAUCAACAAAUACGAGAUGACCGAGUGUCCACAUAACGCGAACGAACGAAAGCACACCGAUUGCGGCGAGCAAAGUCGCGAUUCUAUCAGAUACGAGAUACCGCACGAGUUCAAGGUAGGCGAGAAGGUCACCUGUUUGAAGACGACCAUGACCGAAAGGCCUGUACCUCACAAGAUAAACGUCGAGUAUCGACAAACCAAGGACUUCACCGCCAGUCUACCGCCCGAGAUGCGUAUCUCUGACGCAAACUGUUCGGAAACGACCACCCUGCAGAGCGAGGACGAACUAUCCACCGGUUCCGGUAGUGUCUCACCUAGACUCAGAAGAGCAAACAAACAUCGAGGCGGGAAUCUGACGCCGUCUAGCGGCAGCUCGCGAAAUCAAAGCCCUAGACCGAAACCGGGCGUACGGAAUUCACAUCGGAAUUCCGCGAACCUUACGUCCAGCACGCUUCAAGAGGACCUGAUGAAACUGAUCAAUCCUGAUUAUAUUGCCGACGACAGUCAACUAGCAAACAACAACCUGAAUGUGACCACCUGGAUCGGGAAUCAGAAUCCGAACAAGAUCAACAACAAUCUGAUCGAGUUCCAGAACCGAUGCAGAUCCAGGGAGAACCUGUGCGGCAGCGGCGCCAGCACCCUGACCGUUAUGCCGACAAACGGGCAAGAGAACGAGAACGGGAACAGCACGGGGGAUGGGAACGGGAACGGAAGUGGGAACAACGGAAACGCCUCGGAGGUGAUCCUAACGAUGGCCAGACCGGCGACGGUGAUCUCAAACGCUAGCACCGCGUCCAGUCCUGCGCCCAGCGAGAACAAGCUGUCGAAGGAAGAGAGAUUGUCGCCGCGCGUCACCAAACCGUCCCAUUCGAUGACCAAAGCACCGAGCAACUUAACGUCGAUCAAAGACCCCAAGAAUCACAACGACGCAGACGUAGACCGUUGGAAAAACCAUCUCGUUGACGGUAGAUCGAAGCAGCAUCCCCAAGAAUGGACCGACGAACGGCUCUUAGAUAGAUGCGGUGCCAUCGCGAAUUCCGUGACGGACCUGCAGUCCCAUCUCUCCACUCUCGAGCUGAGGGUAGCCAGAGAGACGCGACGAAGGCUCUCGCUGGAGGACGAGGUGCGUCGUCUGAGGGACGAGAAUCGUCGUUUACAGGACGAGAGUCACGCGGCCGCUCAGCAGCUUCGACGUUUCACCGAGUGGUUCUUUCAGACGAUAGAUCACCAAUAAUCGUUAUCCGUUUCUUUCUAUUUUAUUUUUAUCUUCAAUUCCCAACGACGAUUUAAGAAAAUCGAUCGUUCGUAUCGUUCUCUGCACUCUUUGUCGGUCCCAUAUGGACGAAGUUUUACGCGUUUUUUCUUUUUCGAUCGUCUGAUUGAAUUGUACGAUCGCCUCGUAAGAGCAGUAUUAUAGUAUCGCGCGUGUGUCUCUCCUCCGAGCAUCGUGCCAGCGUAGAGAUUUAAGGUGUCCACGAAUCAAAGGUAAUUUAGCGUAAUAAUAUGCAUAAACGAUUAUAAUUCGUCGAGGAUGCGUGUGAAAAACCGGUUAUGUCUAUAUCCGUGGUACAGUCGAAAAUUUUGUACGAUAGAAUCGACGUGUUUUAUCAAACGUGCAGUUUGUAAGUUACCCGUCUUGCCCCCCUCAUGCUCCGUUCGAUUCGUGUUCCGAGUAUUUUUUUUUCGAAGGUGUAACCGAGAUACCUGUGGAUUUGAGGAACGGUGGAAUUUCGUUCCAACGAAUAGAGCACGUUAGAGAUAUACGGUGGUACAACGUUUUUACUUCGAAACGACCAAAUAUUACUAGUUGCGUAAGAGUCACCCCUCGAUUCAUCUGUAAUUUAUUACGUAUUUUUUUUUUUUUUUGUACGAUCGUUCAAGGUAUUUAUCGCUAAUCGAGAGCCUCGUACGCGUCGCGAGAAAGCAAAAGAAAUAAAGAAAAGAGAAUGAAACAUUCCUUCCCCCAUGAACGCGUUAUUGUCGUCCGUCUUUUUGGAACGCCGUGUCGAGGCUCCUAUGUUCAUUAUUCGCGAUAAAACCGUUGCCUUUAGAAAGUACCGAAGACGUCCGUCGUGAAAAAGUCUGUAACUUGGAAAACAAAAAUAAAGAGAAAAGGUAUGCA